CACUCACGCGUAUCAUGUGAGCAUGCACACAGAGCUCUUCUCGUGUAUUAGGCUGUAACUACAUUUUUACAGUGAACAGUAAGACCUCUCGACUGAAACAACUAGCCCGCGUGCAUCCAGGAACCUUAAAACCAUGUCGACGGUCUUCUCUUUCCAGACACAGCUCGUCUCCAUUAUGGACGCGUUAUCCAAAACAGCUGUAAUGGAAAUAAGCAAACUCGUCGAGAUCGAGUCGAAGAUGCUGAAAAUAGAGAUAACUCGAGGGCGUAACGAAAUCGCCUCGCUCACAGAGAAACUGCAGUUGAUGGAGAAAUUGCUUUAUAUUGCACAGGGGGGCAGGCAGGACGCAGCGGCAGCAGCAGCAAGCUCACUGGUGAUGGACGGUUCAGAGGACGGAGUAUUUGAGCAUGACAGGACAAGACCUGCCAUAAAAAGUGAGAGCCCAUGGGAAUGCAUAACUUCGUCCACUGAGAGGAACAGUUUGCAUCAAGGCGAAGAGCAUGCUGCAGCUGAACUCCCAAUUCCACAGAAAGAGCAGCCUCAACUGAUAUUGGUAAAGGAAGAGCCAUCAGAGUUUGACAAUGGAGACACUCAUCUAGAUAGGACAAGUGAAAACAGAAGGGAAGCGGUCAAAGACACCCAGAGGAGUACAGAAGUGAUGCAGCGUCCCAAACCUGUUGCAGCCUGUCAGCAGCCUCUGUUUACUGACAGCUUUGUGACCCUAAACAUCCAGUCAACUCUCACUGGACCAGGGAGGAGGGAAACACAGUGGAAUCCACCGGUUACACCUGCACACACAAACCUAGAGGCUGGGAAAAGCCUUGCUCAAAAUGUUGCUUCCCAAAGCUCAAGUGUGUUGAGAAAUAUGAAGCUUCACAACUUGAGGAACUCUGCUGCUAAGAGGUUCGGCUGCUUGCAGUGCGGCAAGAGUUUCAGAUGCUUUAGCCAGCUUGAAAUACACCAGAGGAGCCACACAGGAGAAAAGCCGUUCAGGUGCACACUGUGUGGAAAGAGAUACGCACAGAAAGGGCAUCUGUAUACACACCAGCGCACACACACAGGGGAGAAGCCAUACCGCUGUCCUAUUUGUGGAAAGGGCUUUAUCCAGAAAUGCACUCUCGAUAUGCAUCAGCGCACACACACCGGAGAAAAACCUUUUGUUUGUAUCAAAUGUGGCAAGGGUUUUACAAAGAACUGUAAUCUGAAAAAACACCUCGCAGUACAUCUGGAUCCUAGUUUGAACAUGUAUUGUAGUGAAUCUAAUGCACCGACGUUUAGCGGGACGUUCAUAAACGGAACCACUUAAACCUCUUAAAGCAGCCAGUCAAAUGUAAUUUCUUCUGCUGUUUGAUUGGAAUAUUUUUGUGCAUAAUAAAGUUAUCUUUGCUCCAGA